AGAAAUUGACAUAUGCGAGUGGUUACACUUAAAAGACGCUAGCAUUAGUUUUAUCAGAUCGAUUACAACAGUUCAACUUUCAACUACAUUAAGAAGGAUAAAAAAAUUCGAUCCAAACCACGAGAAGUUUUCUGUUAUAGAUUCAGAGAGCCAAUAUGGCGCAAAUGCUGCCAUAUAUUCUACCUCUUCUUUUAGGAAGGACUAUCAAUCUCGAUACAAUGGAAGUUGGAGUUGAUAUUUUUUCAAAAAAUGUUAUUUUAAAUCCCGAAAUUAUACAAAGUCCUUUAACAGAAACGAAAUAUAAAAUAGUAGACAAUGCUGUAGAAUCUAGAAACCUCUUAGAUGUUGAAGGUUCCUUUUCACUUAAUGUCAAAGCUGGUGUUUUCAAGGCUGGUGCGUCUGGUGCCUACUUGUCAGAUGUCUACAACCGAGAAAAUACAGUUGAAGUUGCAAUAAAGGCUUCUUAUCAGCAAGUUACAGAACAAAUUCCAGCCGAUGCAAAGCCAAUAGAGACUUGGAGACAACUGGGUGAUGCCUUGGGAACACAUUUUGUACGUAGCAUCACAUAUGGAGGAGAAUUAAUAGCAGCCAUUCGAAUGGAGUGCAACAGCACUCGAGAUAAGCAAAGAAUUGCAGCCUCACUUGAAGUUGGAGGCAAAAUUGAAGUUUUCGACCUUGGCGUUGAAGCUGAAGCAGAAUACAUGAAAGACUUAUCAAAAACAGUGCAAUCAACGCAAAUCAAAAUAUUUAGCUCCAUACCUCUGAAUAAAGCUCCCAACGACAUGGACACGUUAAAACUUGUGCUCAGUCAAUUCCCGGAGGACCUGAAAAGUUUUAAUGGCGGAAAAGGCAUUCCUAUUAAGAUGGAACUGUGGCCACUGAACGUUUUAGAUGCUACCUUACCGGAAAAACUUAAAAACAGGGCAUUGGAAGCUAGUUUAGAAGAUUUUGAAAGAAAAUUCGAUGAUCUCUUAAAUACAAAAGCUGCCAUCGGUAAUUGGAUGAAAGUCUUAAAUCAACACCUCACUUCUGAUCAGGAAAAAAAGAUUGGAGAGUUUUAUACAGAUAUAAAUAAGAAGAUACGCCCCUUUUAUGAAGUGAUAGGAGAUCUUGACUUGUCGAAAGGCAGUGAACAGCUUAAGAAAGCAGAGGACAGCUAUGGGAAUUCAGUUCCUGGAAUAUACUACAAGAAAUAUUUAUUCUUAAGAGAGACUGUGGCUCAAGAUCAAGGAGAAUGGAGCUUGAGUCGGGGGAAUGGAGCUACUUACAUUCAUUGGGGUAAAAGUAAUUGUUCGGAGGCAACUGAAACAAUGUCCAACGGCACAAUUGUCGGUCCUGAAGGUCAAGGAGGUGGUGCAAAUUUUCUCUGUUUACCACAAAAUGAGUAUGUUAAAGUAGAGGUAAAAGACCAAAAAAACAUUGCCGUUCUUCAAGGUAAUUAUUACAUUUAG